AUGAAGAGGGGCCGCGAUCAAGUACACGCCCCGACAACUGAAGAGCUGAACGCAGCGAUUUCAAGCAUUCUUCGUAAUAACGAAUCGUCAUCCGUCAAAGAGAUUUGCGACCUCAUCACAAAAAAUCACAAAGGCUGGACGCUUCCUGAACGACGGGUGGCAAAGUUUGUAAAACGCCAGAAGCAGGAAAGCAAAGCUCAAACGGACGAUGACGCGUCCCGAGUGAGUACUCCCAGUCUACUCCGAGCUCGGGGUGUGCUGGGUAGUGCUGUGAAAGGCACAAGUCGUAGUCUUCGCAAGGUCUUGUAUAUGGGUACCAAGAAAAAGGAUCAUGAUGAUGGGACUGAGCACUCAGAGUCGACUUCGUCGCCGCCCGUCGAAGUUGUUUCGUCGCAAAAUUUGUUGCCGCCCUUGUCUUUCGACGAUAUGGAACCCGCUCGUAUGCUAGAUUUUGCGACACCGGAAAAAACAGAAACGAGGCCACUCGAUGCAGAGGCGGCACCGGAUUCGGCCGUCGAUGUACCUUUGCCAACUGUGUAUCACGACGACAACAAAGGCAAGAAGGACUCUGGAUUUUGUCAGCCUUGUGAAGGCUGUACAGUUUUGUGAUGGAACAAGUGUAUGAAAGCGCCGGUGUAAAUGGGCAGGUGCAGCCAAGCCGCCCAAACGACACCAGGUUCGAUGAUGUCGCACAGAGAUGAUGCGACCGAUUACUGUCGUCCUUUUAUGAUGUGCUUC